AUGUUCCAGAGGCGCCGGCUGGGCCAGGCAGCGCUUAAGCAGAUCUGGCAGCAGGGUCGCUGUCCCACGCCACGGAGCUACGAGCGGCUUUUGAACUCAGCGCUCCAAUCUGGACGGUGGCAGCUGUCAGCUGCCCUGAUCCAGGAGACUCGCAGCCUCGGCCUGGCAGUUUCGUCCCGGAGGUUUUGCCUGCAACUCGCUCGCCUGUCCCUGUGGCAGCGGGCGCUUCUCGAGCCGGGCUCUCGAUGCGACGACGCCGCGAGCGCGGUGCUGGGGGCCUGCUUGCUGGAAAAUGGAGCGGCUGAAAAGCUUGAGCUCAAGAAGCUUCAGUACAAUCACCUCUUCGCCGCAGCUCAGGGAGACUGGGAGAGGAUGCUUGCGUUGCUGGUUCAUCUUGGCAGAUUGCCGCAAUUUCUUGCCAGAUCUGAUGCUUGCAUCGCUUAUAACAUGGUUCUGAAGGCAAGCGCCAGUGCCCGUCACUGGGAGAGUGCUUUGGCUCUUCUCAACAACAUGCAUCAGAACCAGGUUGUACCAUCUGUUCUGACUUUGGGAACCAGCUUGGCUGUUUGUGAAAGGUUGAGCAAGUGGUCCUGGGCACUGCAGAUGUUAGCUGAUGCCUGCAAAUCUGCUUCGCCUUGGCAGCACACACCGCCCAAUGAGAUUUGUUUCAACACGGCAAUCGCAUCCUGUCAGCAUGCUGGGCACUGGCAAUGGUCGCUGCACCUGGUGUGGGAUAUGCACCGUCGAACCUUGCAGCCAGACAGCGUGGGCAUUGCGUCGGCGGUACGCUCUGCAAGCCAUCCGCAAAGCCCAUGGGCCGGCCGCAUAGAGGAGCUGUUGCUCGACAUGAAGAAGACACGACUCUGGAUUGCAAGCGACGGCCAGCCUCGAGAAUUGGGAGGCUCGCUCCUGUCGCGUUUCGGCGUGGGUGCUUGGCAUCGAGCCCUGGGCCUCAGCCUCACCUCAGAUGCAGAGACGUUGAACUCGGCCCUGGCGUUGCUCCGGAGGGGGAAGCGCGGCUGGGCGCUGGGCUUGCGCUUGAUGCAGCAUCCGUCAGCAGAUGCUAUCAGCACUGCAACAGUUGUGCCAUUGCAGGAGGAGUGCCAACAGCUCAGAGCACUGCACAGUGUCCUGCCGCAGCUGGUGAGACAUGCGCACAGGCUGCUCGCCGACGAUUGCCCAAGCGUGCAUUGCAGCAAUGGGAAAACCGUGGCGAUCAACAAUUACGACAUCCUGGCGGCCCUGGGAGAAGCGCCGUUCUCGUUGCAACUGGCCCUAGCACGAAGCCUUCAGCCCCUUUUGUACGACUUGCGGAGCCUCCGGGCAGAUCGCACGCGCUUCACGCCGAAGGUCGCUGCGACGGCCGGCAUGUUCUUCACCCGGGAGGCUUGA